CUCACUCUUUUCAACAGCAAAAACUCGGGCCAAUUCGAACAUCAACCAAAAACAUGGCCUCCUCUAAGCUUAGAAGCUCGUGUUCUUUCCCAAGCCUUCUCCUUUCAUGCUUGAAUUUCACUCUUUUUAUCCUUUCCUCAGCCUCUAUAGUUCCCAUAGUUCUCCUCAAAAUGCCUCCGACUUCACUGGGUUUUGCGUUACUUGUUGGCUCCUGCAUUUCUCUACUCUCCUCCUUCGUUGGCUUCUACUCCCAGCUCACUCACAUUUGUUUCAUAACCCACGUUUCUCUUCUCCUUGCCUCUCUAGUUGGACAAGUCUUGAGCAUAUUAGCCUUGUUUACAAGAGAGAAGCCCAGCCUUGCUAUGCUCAAAUCCAGCAGAGACCCCAGAGAGGCUAAGCUCUUGGUGAGAUUGGAAUGUGGGGUUUUGAUGGCGAUGCUCAUGAUGCAGCUGGUUGUGUUAGUAUUGAGUUGUGCCGUGCAUAACUGUUGGGUUAGAGAGUACGAGGGGUUGGAAGCUGAGAGGGAGGCUACAGCCAAGAAGAGGAGCAGAAGGAUUGCAAGAGUACAAGAGGAAUCCAUGGCAAAUGUAGCUAAAAUUGUCGAAAUUAAAGAGAAGGAGUUUGAUGAUAAGAUGAAGAGCAAGUACGGCCACACCCAGUGGGUUAAAACAGAUUUUGAAGGCUAAACUCUCUCUGGUCCUUCACGUUUCUGCCCCUUCGGGGUCACUGCUGUGGUGGCCAUGGAUGCUCUUAUUAGAUUGUGUGUUUUAUCGCCAUAUUUAUUAGUGAAAUGCAUUUCUUUGUUUUCUUCCAUA